AUGCGACAAUCGUCAUCUGUAAUGCAACGAAGGUUAUUCAACUCGAGUUUGAUGAAACGUCAAUCCACAUCACCUCUAGGAUCGGAAACGAACCUUGUUCCGAUGGAAUCGAUCGACAACAAUGUAAAUUCAAGAGAUCAACCAUUGAAGAUAUGGACGGAUCAAGAAUUAAAGACCCUUUUUGAUGCUUUCUCUAAGCAUGGUAGCGAUUGGAACAUCAUAUCCAAGGAAUACUUUCAAGAAAGUCGAACCCCUUCGGCUUUAAAAAACAAAUGGAAACGUGCUAACAUUUGGACCAAAGUGGAAGAAAAUAAACUCGAAGAUGCCAUCUCAAAACAUGGAGAAGAUUGGGAAUUUAUUUCCAAAGAGUACUUUCAAAUGAAACGGACACCUCGAAUAUUAAAAAUCAAAUGGAAAACUUUCCUCAAGCGUCAGACGCAAAAAUCAAGGACACUUAGAGAUGCUGUCAAGGAAUACUUUCAAGUAAGUCGAUCCCCUUCGUCAUUAAAACAUAAAUGGGUACGUUCUGUUAAUCAUUUGACCGAAGAAGAAGUAAGGUUACUUCAAGAUGCCGUAUCAAAACAUGGAAAAGAUUGGGAAUUUAUUUCCAAAGAGUACUUUCAAACGAAUCGGACACCUCGGGAAUUAAAAAACAAAUGGAACAAUCAUUGGACGGAGGAUGAAGUAAGGAAACUUAGAGAUGCUGUCGCCAAACAUGGUGAAGAUUGGAAUUUCAUAACCGAGAAAUACUUUCAAGCAAGUCGAACAUCUUCGUCAAUAAAUCAUAAAUGGAUACGUUCUGUUAAUCAUUUGACUGAAGAAGAAGGAUGGAUACUUAUUGAUGCGGUUUCAAAACACGAAGGAGAUUGGGAAUUUAUUUCUAAAAAGUAUUUUCAAAAGAAUCGGUCAGCUCGGGAAUUAGAAAUCAAAUGGAACACUCUUCUCAAGUAUUGGAGUGUGGAAGAAAUAAAGAAACUUAGAGAUGCCGUUUCUAAGCAUGGUAAAGAUUGGCAGUUGAUAUCCAAGGAAUAUUUUCAAGCAAAUCGAACAGUUUCAUCUUUAAAAGAUAAACAUAGUAGGAGCAAAGAAGAUAAGAUGCUUCUGAUCAAAGAACAUGACACAGACCAGGAAAACGUUAAAAAAAUCAACAACACAAAUCCAGAGAAUCAAGAAAUUUAUGAUACAAAAUCAACUAACGAUUAUCAUACAAAGACAUAUCGUAAACGAAAUAAACAUUCAUGGACAAACGAAGAGGAUCAAAUUCUACCCGAACUAAUUAAAAAUCAUGGGAUUAAAAUAGCUGCCGAAAUGUUGAAUCGGUCUAAAAGGUCACUAUAUUCCUAUUAUAAGAAAAAAGAACAUUCUUAUGAUUCGUUAAUGAAAAAAUCGAAUACGAUUUCGAAGAAAUUUCAAAAACCUUCGGAUGUUGGCGUUGAUAAAGAUAUAGAGACCUCGUGGAUUAGAAAUUUGGAUGAAAGCUCUACAUAUAAAUCAAGUUUACAACGAUGCAGAAUAAAUUGGCAGCAGCUUUGUUUACAAAGUUCUUGA